CCGGUGGAACGAACAGUCGAGACAAAAGUGGCCCGACGUGGUCGUGUCAGCGGAGAAGUCGGGAGGCAACGGUUGCAUCGCCGGCGAAGCCAACAACUUGCUCUUCGUCGACCGUAUCGAACGAGAAGACCAACAACCUGCUCAGCCAUUCGCCCCUGCGGCGCACUUCACUCCAAAGACUUUUUAUUUCGGUAUGAACGAGUGUCCGAAUGGCGAGUCUCGCCACGACGGGGACCAGGAAGCCGGAAGGGAGCGAAAAGCAGGCAAAUCGAACGUGGAUCCAAACGACGACACGGACGAUAACGAGAAAAGCGUCGUGGAGAACAUCUCGCUGAAGCUACGACCAACUUUGCCGAAGAAGCAGCUGGAAAUUCCGCGAUUCUCGCCAUCGGCCGCCUGGAGAUUGCUCUCGGCGUUGGAAGCGCCGGGCCCGAGCAUGAGCACCGCCAGCGAAGAGAUGCCGGUGAUGUUCGAGGAACGUAUAGAACGGCUCUCGAGACCUCCACCGGCAUUUCCGGUCUCGCUGGGCCCUCGCAGUUGGCACGACAAGUCGGGCGAUUCCGGGAUAUCCGGGGACGCCGGGGCUGUCAACGAGGACUCCCUCGACGUCAGUACGAUCAAUCGAAUGAAAACGACCGUGACCAGACCAACUUGGACGCCGCAACAGGACCUCGGGGAAGAGUCGAGUAGCGAUGCAGGCGUCGAUUCGCCACCGCCGCCACCUUUGCCCACCCCCUUCAAGUAUCAUCCUCCACGAGCACACGUAUUUUCCCUCUCGUUGCCCAGAGAUGACGCCAGGGCGUACCUAUGCGGCGGCGGCGGCGCGGACGCCAAGCCCAGAGAGGGAUCGGCCUUCAAUUCUCUGCAGAAGCUCAAACGAUCGGUCUCCGGAGCUUUCGGCAUCGGCUCCCACGAUCCGCAACGGAAAUGCACGCGCGAUGUCCUCGACGACAAUUGGCUGUUGUCGAGCAGCGCGCCAACCUCGUUGCAGCACAAUCCAGCUCGCGGCGAUGCGACCAGAAUCUCACCGUCCGUUUGGAAACCGUUCUCCGACGAAGACGAGGAAGAAGACCCGCGAACGAACGAUACCAGCAACCGUGGGGAAACUGGAGAGAUAAACGACUUUCCGGUCAUCAUGAAACCUCCGUCUUUCUCCUAUCUCACGCCGGGUGGUCACGUUAUGUAUCUACCGGAAACGAACGAGGCGGAACACAGAAUACAAAACUUUACCGGUAGAAAAGUCGUUUCGGUUGACUACGAAGGAACGACCAUCAUUCGCGAACAGACCACCGCGAAACAAGUCGGCGGGUAUCGUGCUUCCUUUCGCAUCGACGGUUACGACAACGGGGAUGACGACGGCGGCGGCGACGGCGAUGGCGACGACGAUGACGACGACGACGACGACGAGAACGGAGGCGUGACGAAAGAACGGUGCAACGAAUUGUUCAUGAAUCGUCCCGAGUUACGCGAGAACGUCGACAAGCGAGUAACCCUCGCGGAAACAAAGUCUACGAAACGCAGCUCGAAGAGCAGGAGGUUCACAUUUCAAUCGACCGUCAGGCAAAUCGAGAGACGCAGAUUGGCCGAAAAGUUGUCGAGGGAAGUGGAAGCGAGGGAACGUCAGCGGAAGGGUGAACUGGAAGCGAUGCGAAAGGUCGAGGAAGAAUUUCAGCGGAAACGCGCGAAAGAGAAGGCGAACAUCAGACAACAGUUGCGACUAUUCAAAGAAAUGGAGGAGAAUUUCAAGUGAGUAUGCCUGAUUUAAAGCGAACCGGAACCGAAACGACCAUUUAUUGUUGGUGAUUGCAGCGGUAGCCUACCCACUCCCGACUGGGAUGUAUCGCAAACGUCUCGCGCCGACCCAGACGGUGCGCCAUCCUCCACCGCGUCCUCGCCGACCUCCUUGCCAACUGGAAACUUGUCGAAACCUUCGUCCGGAGAUCCGGAGUUUCGCCGGAAGAAACACCACGAGUCGGAUUCGAAGCAACGUCACCGGCCAAAGUAUUAUGACUGGUCACCGGAUACCUCCUCUCACUUGGAUCACAAGCAGACCACCGUUCAUCCAAAGAUCGUUUGCGACAUUCCAAAGAGUUCGCCCGUUUUCGUCGACGUGAACGUGCAUCCCAGCAACUCCACUCCGAGAUCGGACAACUACAGGAAAGACUUUGCGCACGGAACCGUGAUCGCGAGAACAUCUUUCGCGAGCAGCGACAGCGAACUCUCGCAGCCAAACACCAGGCCGCAUUCCAGGCAGACCGGAAUCAAAAGCAAACCACACCGAUCUAGGAAGAUUCACCGAAUUUCUAUCCAUUCGUUCCUUUUCUAUCCGUUUAUUUUCGUGGAACGUGUACGCGAAUUCUCGAAUCGGUUGAAUCUUUGCGUCGCGUCGAUUCGACAAACGCGCCACGGACGAGUGAGACAAGUGGAACGCAGACAAACGAACGCACGAACGUUAAGCAGGUCCGGUAGUCCACGGCGAAGCGAGGACGCGGCAACUUCGGAGGAGGACUCGCCACUGGUCGAAUCAACCAAACGUCCCAGGAAUCCUAGCCACGACUUUAUACUAAGCGGAGUACAACCUUUCACCAAACAAAAAGCGUACAGGCCCAUUUCCUUCAACCCUCGACCCCCUCCGUCCAUUCCAACUUUGAUUUGGAAUAGCAAUCACCUCGGGGCAGCUUACUACAACAUCGUUACGUCGGAAUUAUUCGUCAUGGAGGACACGAUGGACGACGUGGAACGUUUGGAUAAGAUGAAAGCUCUCUACAGACAAUGUUUGCCGCGUUACGUGGUUACGAGCGCUGCCGCGCCCGCUGCCUUUACCAAUGCCGUAAAAAGGAUACUGACGAGCCAAGUGUCGUCGAACGGGGAAACAAAUUCGUGUAACGCCCAGUUGAAAGUAACGUGUAGAAAAGAGCACAACUACGAACGUUGUGCUCACAGGGUGAAGUGUCUUCGACUGGAAUCCGAGCCGAAGAAUGCGAGCAACGCGGACAGACGAACCUUCUUGAACAGCAUACUCAAUUUCAAAUGUUGCGCGAUGAUCCACGCGCUCGGCUCGCUUUUAUUCUUCGUGGAUAAACACUGGAACAACAUCGCGUUGGAUCCCUCCGGGAAACCGUCGUUCGUAUCGUUAAACUACAUCUGGCUCCACGAUCUGGUCAUGAUGGACGAAGAUAGCUACAAGGCGUUGAAUAUCGUUCAAGUCACGGAUCAUCCGAGUCUCUUGAAAUUUGGCAAAACGGUGACGAAGAUGAAAGGUGUCAGCCUGUUCUCCUUGUUCAACGGUUACUGCCACUCGAGACCCGGAGUGCAGUUCUUGUGGUAAAUCUCGCGGUUAGGUUUAUCGAAGACGCUACAUCAUCCGACGCGAAAUCUCGCGCUCCUCGAGCAUAGGUUCAACGUGGUGGAAUUUUUCCUCGAUCCAACCAACCAAAGUGUCGUGGAAAAUUUAUCCUCUUGUCUGAAACAGGUCUAUCGUUUGAACAACGCCGUGCUCACCUGUUGCUCCGGACCUCAAGCGAAAGCAUCCAACUGGUAUAAAGUGCACAAGACCGUCUCGCGUCUAAUUUCUAUCGCUGACAUAUGCGAAGAACACGCGGAACAAUUAGAGUUAUUCAAGCGGAUCGCCGAGAGCGUGACCACCGAGAUGCAAUACGUCAAGUACUUUAUCGAGUAUAUCGUGGAUUUCGGCGAGAGCAGGCGAGAGGGGAAGCUGGUAGUUCGACCCAACGUCGAUCCUCUCCUGGACGAACUGGAUCACGUGCGACGCACCUUACCCGAAUUGCUCACGCGAAUGGGAGAGAAAGAUAUGCGAGAACAUCUUCCGCCUUCUGUCACGGGAUGCAAUAUGUUGUAUCUACCAAACAUCGGUUACGUUCUAGCGAUAAACAAAUGGAAUCCAACUCCACCCGAGGACGUUACUCUGCCAAAUUUGGAAUUCAAGUUUUCCAUCAAUCAGGUGCACUACUACAAAAGCUCUUCGGCCAAAGAACUGGACGAGACCGUGGGCGAUAUCGUGUUGAAGAUAGCCGUGCGGCAAAAUCAUAUAAUGCAAAAGCUGGUACGGUACGUAAGGAAACAUACCGGAAAAAUUUUGCAGGCGAUUCAACUAUGCGCCGAAUUAGACACCCUACUCGCGUUCUACAAAGCGGCGCGCGAUUAUAAUUACACCAGACCGAACGUAACGGAUUCGAAGAUUCUAGACGUGACCGAGGGACGUCACCCGUUGAUGGAAUGCGCCACCACCUUCGUCCCGAACCACGUUUCCUCUGGCAACGGCAACAGCUUGAUCAAACUUUUAAUAGGACCGAAUUCUUGCGGCAAGAGCGUGUAUCUGAAACAAAUCGGACUGAUCGUAUUCAUGGCUCACAUAGGUUCUUACGUUCCUGCAACAUCCGCCACGAUAGGGGCAGUUACCCAUAUCCUAACCCAAAUGUCCAACACCGAAAGCAUCGCACUAAACGCGAGCUCCUUUCUGCAGAAUGUUCGGCAGAUUAACGUUGCUUUACGCGCAUCCACGCCCAACUCGGUCGUGAUAACGGACGAAUUGGACAGAGGAACGUCCGAAACGAGCGGAUUCUCGCUGGUCGCGGCCGUUUUGAACGCGUUCGUCGAAAGGGGCGCCGAUUGCCCUCACGUGUUUGUCGCUACGCACGCAUACACCGUGCUCCCGUUUCUCCGUCGAUCAUCUUUGAUCGAGUGUCAGACGUUCGAAUACACGAUUAACGAGGACGAAUCGGUGGCCUUUCUCUAUCGACUGACCAAUGGCAGCGCCACGCGCAGUCUCGCGCAUCACGUGGCGAGAAUAUCCGAAUUGGACGAAGAUGUCGUUAAACGAGCGUUGGAGGUAUACGAAAAGAUCAAACGAGGCGGUCUACCCUCGACCAGUCAUCUACGCUUCGAGACGUUGAAACGAAUCGUAGAUCGAUUUGAAACCGGCCAACAUUUCGAUUUGAAGGAACUGAAGUCGCUGGUGCGACGAGCCGUUCUUCCCAAAUGAUUC